AUGUUAGCGAUUUUUCCUCUGUUUAUCAGGUCAGAUUUAAAUGUUUGUAUUGAUCAAACAGAGGAAUACAACAACUGUCCUACAAAGAAUUAUCAAAUUAUUAAUAAUACCGAUGAUUUAUAUCAUUUACUCGAAAAUACAUCUUCAAAGUUCCAUUUAAUCACAUUUUUAACAGGCGAAAAGAUACUAAAGCUGCCAGUAACAGAAAACUUUCCAAACAAUUUAAUCGUCAAUGGAAAUGACGCUAAUAUAAUUUUACAAAAUCCUAAUUUGUUUCGUGAGACAGUAUUUGAAUUUCGAAAUCUCACUCUUGAUGUUGAAUUAGAUUCUAGCAAUAAAAGGCCAUCAUUUAAAGCAUUUACAGCAGAUGAUGUAAUUUUUACCAAUAAUUUUUCCGAAAUCUCAGUUACUGGCGUAUUAUCUAUUGACGUUGCGUCACUACGAUACUUGAAGAAUGUUAUCGCCGUACAAAUUAUUUUGAAUGACAUAAAAUCUCCUUUAGAUCAGAAAGUAACAUCCACAAUAACUGAUGUUUCUUUGCAAAACGAUGGAUUCAAAGUUUAUUUAUCCAAGAACACAUUCAACAUGAAAUUCACCGAUACUUUAAUAUAUUUCAAAAAUGAAAUCAUAAAUUACACAAUUACUAUGGCAUGUAGCAAAGAACCUACUUCCAGAAUAGAGUUAUCUGAUCAAUCAAUAGAUGCCACAUUAAAUUUAACCUACCACAGGAGUUUGCAUUUCUUCAUUCAAAUUUCUGUUUCGAAUCAAGCCAAAUUACAUGUUUCCAGCAGUACAAGUGAUAAUGUAAAAGAGUCUCUCGAAAUAACAGUCCAAGAUUCCUAUGUUUCCUUUGAUUCUGGCUUGAAUUUUCCUUUAAUUUUAAAUACAAAUGGAAAUUCAACAAUUUUCACUCAAAGUAACAACAUAAGUCUGAAAAAGAUCGAUAUGCAGGUAGGCGCACUUUAUAUUGAUGCUCCACCAGACACUGUCUUUGACAUGGUAUCAGUUUCGAUGCAAGAUUUCACGAGUUUAAUUUCGAAAAAUAGUUUUCGUGUUUUUGUUGAUUUUGCUGAAUUUAAAGGCAACGAAAUCUAUUCAUCAGACGAAGUAUUGUGGGAUGUUGAAUCUGCAAUCGAAGUACGUGAUGCAAAUGUUUCAAUUGCAAAUCUAAAAUCAUAUCCUGAUCUAAAAAUUUUAAACAGAAUCGGUUUAUUGGUAAAUUACACGGGAAUUCACAUCCGAAAUCCAAUUAAUUAUCUGAAUUGGAAUAUAGAAAUGAGAUACUCAGGAUCAGCAUUGCCAACAGAAGAAAAAAUCCAUCAACACAUCAAUCAGACAUACAAUGCUUUUUGCGCGAAAAACAACAUUUGUAAAGAUCAUUUAUAUAAUUUUGAAACAGCAGAAAAAGGAAUUAAAUUCGAACCAACGUGUAGACAAAUAGAUGAUGACUAUUGCAUUGGCGGAUACUACUCAGAUGAUCCAAGAAUGAUUGAUCUACACAUUUGUUACGCGUAUAACAUUAAAUUAUGCGCAAUGGAAGAUUAUUCUUAUUUCUGCACUGUUUCUAAUAUUUCUGACAUCAAAAAUUAUGUUCAAAUAAAGACAAAUAACAUAACAUAUACAUUUAAGUCUACUGCUGAUGUUGCUGUAGGAAUGGGUGAUUUACCUAUAUCGGAUUUCGAUUUAGAAAUAAGAGGUUUUGACCAAUCUUAUAUAAAAUUUGAUGUAAUUUUGCCAACAUUUAACAAACUCAGAAAUCUGAAACUUAAAUCAACAAAAUGUGAGUUCAACAUCCUUACUCAUGAUAAUUUAAUCACGCCGCAGAUUGAUAGCAUCACCAUGUUAGAUAACAGUGUUCUUCUCUUGAAUGAUAGGGAUUUUAAAUUCGAUAUGUCACAUAUUAAAUCAUUUUGGAUUGACCAAACUUCUCUCAAAAAUUUCAAGGCUUAUAAUGGAACCAUGGCAAAUUGUUCUUUACAAACAAAUAAUAUAAGUAUUUCUUUGAUGAAGAAUUCUAUAUAUAUGGAUGGUAAUAUUCAUUCGCUCUCUAGAAUCAAAUCUGUUUUGUUUAUUUGUCCAAAUAAGACAAUUUUAGUUAAUGUAAGCCUUGAAUCAACAUUUUCUGAUUAUGCAACAAUUAAUUUUGCUGGUAAUCCUAAAUCUGAAAUCAAUAUCAACUUCCUCAAUGGUUUUGAUAAUAUUCCAUCCAUGAAAAUCUUCAAUAUCACAUCAAUUGGAAAAGUUUUUAUUAGGUCUUCUUCUCUUUAUCUUCCACUUGCAAUAACAAAUUGCAACGGAGUUUUUUUGUCAACUUUUUCAUCUGCUGUUAGUUUGCAGUCAUUAACAGUUGAUAACUUUAAUUGUACAAUCAAAUUCCCUAGUGACAACAAAAAUAGAACUUUAACUUUUCAAAAAUUGAUUAUUAAUGGAACUUCAUCAGUUUCUUGUGAAUUUUCAACAAUAAGUGAUGCAAUUGUUGAAGAAUUAAUAAUGGAUAAGUUCGCUACUGCUCAUUUUGCUGGUUUGAAGUUUACUAAUUUGGUAAGUUUCAGUUAUGAUACAACUGUUUCUUUCUCUAAUUGUGAUAUUUCUAAAAUGAAAAUUGCUUCUAUAAUAGAAAACAAUUCUGUUGCAGACAUUGCGUUAAGAGAUGCAGAUAUAUAUGAAAUGGUUCCUCCUAUGAAUCAUUUUGUUAUAUUUAAAGACUUUAACUUCGAUCCUUCAAAGGAUUUCGUCAUUGUUGAUGCUUACUCGAAUCAAUUAGCAAGACUUUGGGUAGAUUCUGUGAAAAUUGAUCCGAAAGUUGUUAAAUUAAAUGGUGUGAAAUACUACACGAAAACAGAAGUAUCCAAUGCUGUUGUGAAAGUUGUUUUAUCUAGCAAUGAAGAAGCGAAACUUUCAACAGUUCAUAUUUCUUUGAUUGCUGGCUCUGUAAUUUUUGUUUUCUUAUCUAUUGUUGUCGCUGUUUUCUUAGUCAUAAAUUACAAGAAGAAGAGACUCGCAGCAAUGAAAACUCUUGAUUCGAAUUUGUUGUUCGAAAUCCAAUAA